AUGGCCGCCGGCCGCCGCGCUCCCCCGGAGCCCGGCGGGGGCCCGGUGCUGCUUCAAGGCAUCUUCGGCGCCGGGCCGGCCCCCGGUGCCGCCGCCUGCUCGCUGUCCCUGACGGCCCGGGAGCUGCAGGUGCGGCGCGCCGGCGGCUGCCCGGGCGGCUCGGCCGGUCCCGACGCCGCGCUCCGCCUGGCCGACUGCGUGGGCUCGGCCGCCUUCCCCGCGGCCGCGGCCGCCGCCUGCUUCUCGCUGGUGUGUUACCCGCUGCGGGGGCCGCGCUGGGGGCCGCCGGCACGCCAGCGCCUGGAGCGGAUCUUCCGCGUCUCCCGGGGUCCCGACGCCGAGGGCAACCUGCGCAUCGCCCAGGCCUGGAGCCGCCGCAUCCGCGAGCUCGCCGUGCCCGCCGUGCCCGCGCAGGACGGUGACAGCUAUGGGGUGUUGCCCCGGCCCUGCCACGCGCUGGUGCUGCUGAACCCACAGAGCGGCUCCGGCCGUGCCCUCGAUGACUUCCAGGCAGUGGUGCAGCACAUGCUGGCCGAGGCAGACAUUACCACCACUGUCUUCAUCACUGAAAGACCCCACCAUGCUCAUGAGAAGGUGCGAGAUGAGGACCUGUCGCAGUGGGACACGUUGGUGGUCAUGUCCGGGGACGGGCUGCUGUUCGAGGUGGUGAACGGGCUGAUGGAGCGUCCAGACUGGAAGGAGGCCAUGAAGAAGCCACUGUGUAUCCUACCGGGGGGCUCUGGGAAUGCCCUGGCUGCCUCUAUCAACUACUAUGCAGGCUACGACCACGUCGCCAAGAAGAAGCUGCUGACGAACUGCACCUUCAUCCUCUGCAAGGGGCUGUACACGCAGAUGGACUUGGUGUCGCUGAGCACGGCCUCGGGCAAGCGCUUCUUCUCCUUCCUGGGCUUUGGCUGGGGCUUCAUCUCGGAUGUGGACAUCGACAGCGAGAAGUACCGCUGGCUGGGCAGCGCCCGCUUCACCCUGGGCACCCUGCAGUGCCUGGCCAAGCUCAGGGUGUACCAGGGCCGCCUGUCCUACCUGCCCGUCGCCACGGAGCAGGGCAGCGUCCCGGCACCCCGGGACCCCCACGCUCCCGUCACCAACGGCCACGUCCCGCAGCCGGCGGGGACGGACGCGCCCGGCUCUCUGCCCCCCGACUCGCUGCUGGCGCCGCUGGGCCAGCCCGUGCCGGCGCACUGGACCGUGGUCCCCGAGGAGGAGUUUGUCCUGGUCUAUGCCAUCUACCAGUCCCACCUGGGCACCAACCUGCUGAUGGCACCGGCGGCCCGGCUGCACGACGGCUGCAUCCACCUCUUCUACAUGAAGGCUGGCAUCAGCCGCGUGACGCUGCUGAAGCUCUUCCUGGCCAUGUCCAGGGGGACCCACCUGGACUUGAACUGUCCCCACCUGUGCUACGUCCCCGUGCGGGCAUUCCGCCUGGAGCCGCGGGUGGCCGCGGGCGUCAUGACGGUGGAUGGGGAGGCUCUGGCCUGCGAGCCCGUGCAGGGCCAGGUCCAUGCCCGCCUCUGCCGCGUCCUCAGCGGCUCCUGAGCCCCCCGUUCGCCCUCCCUGCGGCGCUGAGCUGCCGGCACGGCCCGGCGCGAGGGGGGCAGAGCCUUCCUCCCACUCAGGAACCCCUCCUUCCAUAGCAAUAGGUCUUGGGGGGGGCGCGGGGCUCAUCCCCUCGCUUGCCCCCACGCUUAGCUUUACCCCCUCGGGACAGCCACCGGUGCUGUUCCGAAAACGAGCCACAAGCCCCGUCAGGUACUCGGUGCCGGCGAGAUGCCAGCGUGUUUUAUCCCGGUACGAGGUCCCGGCCCCCAGGCGGCUGCGCCGGCACAGCCCCGUCCCCUCCCCGGCUCAGACGCACACGGUGGCAUUGCUGUGUCCCCACCGCGGAGCCAGUGCCACCCCCAGGAGGGUCAGGACCAAUAGAUCUGAUACAAUAAACUGACUUUUUAAAGAAUGUUUCUACCCAAA